AUGACCGAAUAUUUUGAACGAACGGCAAAACAGAUAACAGAAUUAAAUACCACCACUCAACAGCUCAGCCAGCGAUUUGACACAUUGUCCGACCGAGUCACUAAACAGGAAGAAACUUUGGUUACAUUCACACAUGAAACAAAAAACAAUAUUACCCGAUGUGAGAAUCAGUUAACUCAAAUAGUUAAUGUGCAGCAGGAAGUGAACACCCAUGUGGAAGAGUUAGCUCAGGCCCACGCUUCAGCUAGCUCCACACAAGAAAAGCUGACUGAAGAAGUGGGAAAUAUUACCCAACAGCUCACAAUGGUAGUUCUUGAACAAACCCACCUCAAAGAAAAGAUAGAAAAAUUAGAAGCUCGAUCGGACCUUGCGUCACUAAACAACGACACCAACAUGACCGAGAGAAUUGUACAUGAAUGUAAAUUGUGUGACGACUAUCUGGACAAAAAACUUGAAACAAUUACACAGGACAUACUUUCAAAAACAAAGACACAUGUUAAGGACGAGACAAAACACAUAGAAGACGAAGUGACAAAAUUACGAGACAAUGUUGUGCCGUGUUUGGUGAUUGGUGCAAACGCAUCGUCAGGGAACGACAGAACAGCUAAAACCAUGGCUAAUGACACAGACUGA